AUGUCUCACCAACCCCGUUUCCGUGUGCGCUCAUCGCGCUUCUACAAUCCCGGCUACGAGCGAUUCAAAGCCAAAGCCCCCGAGGUGUGUGCUACGGCGCAGACGGGCACCUCGACAGGGUCAUCGACUACUGUCAGCGCACCUUCGGCUGAGGAUCGCAUGCCGCCACAUGCACCGAAGCCAAGGUACAUCUCCCCCUAUUUCCCGGGCAAGACAAGCUACGAACGUGGCUUGAAAGUCAAGUUCGGACCCUCCGGAGGUAACUGGCUUCAACGGGAAAGUGAGUUAGGCCCUUUGACUAUGCAUUAUUGCGGUCCUGUCUGGGCCCCUUGCUGAUUGCUGGCGCAUUUUGUAGAGGACAAUGUCUUCAAGGAAAGGAUAUGGGCGCUGCGCUAGGCGUACGGCUGUCCACUAUCUGCUCCUGACCUUUGGGAGGACGAUCCGGAACCUCGUGCCGUUGAAGAGAUCGAGGAGCACUACCGGUAUGAUAGCAAAGGACAUAGGCAUUCUCCCCUGACUGAAAUAUUUGCUGACUCCGAGGCAGAUGGAUGUGCAUCAACCCGGCCGGAUCGAAUCCCGAAUUGCUGGAGGCCCGACUAUCCGACCUGCACAGCGAGCUCUACCGAGCGAAGCGUCGUGAAGGAUGGGACGGCCGAUUCUGCAUGCCAGCUCCGGUGCCCUCCCCGUGGGCCAACCUAGCCAAGUCUUCUCGUUGGUCUACGGCUCUACCUGGUCCGACGACAGGUAGAGAUCCAGUGGAGCCUACGCAUGUGCACCAGCACACCCCUCCCCUUCCGACAAUCAAUCCGGCGCCGAAGCAUGUCAAGUCUUAUCCUUCGACGUCGGCUGUCACUGGUCUGAAGACAGUGGCAGCAGCAGCAUCCGUGGAGGGCACUCGUAAGCGACAGACAAGCAGUAGCCAUUCAAGAUUUGUGGAGCAUUUGCUGACCUCAAACUGCAGGUUCGAGUCUCUAUUCGACGACGAAGCAUGUCAAGUCCCAAUCUUCGAAGUCGACUGGUUCUGGUCCGAAGACAGUUCCAGCGGAGCUAGAGACGGCGAGUUCAUUCGAGGAGUCAACUCUCAACCUCUUGCGCGGAGGGCCCCCACCACUCCCAAGAGCACGCUUCACGUCGAAGGCUCCGCAGAUCGACCCGCCAGAAUGCCCUCACGAGCAGUUCUUGGCCGAAUGCAGUCAAGCCUUCGACGAGGAGAUGUCCUGGGCUGCGCAGGACUUGCGAGAUGGUCUUUUACCACCUCUUGUGGACAAGUUACGCCACCCGGAGUUAUCCAGGUUCCUAUCACAAGAUAUGGAUGAGAUUCAUGCUCGCGCUGAGCAGCCAAGGGAGCCAACGCCUGAGCCGGUAUACGACCUCUCUCCUGGCAAUUACGGAAAAGGCGAGCCCAUCCCGGCCAAGCAUCGUCCACGGGGCGCCAUCAAGGAGAGACUCUACCAUCGGCGACAAGGCUACGACGAUUCCGUUAUCCGACAACUGGGUACCGAACCAGCCAGCAACGACAAUCUUAUCUGGCGAAUCGGCGCUCGACCUAUUUGGGAAGAGUUGAUGAACAUGGGUUGCAUGAGCGACCCAUACUCAGAAACGAUUCAUGAGGUGCCCGAGAAGAAGGAGGAGCGAGGUGUCAUCGGCAGCCUAGUAGACGCUACUACCAUGACUCUUUCCUGGAUCAUGGAUAGUGUCUGCAGUGUUCUCGGUCGACGCUGA